AUGUACUUACAAUCCCCCGGUCGCUUCUGGAACUCCCAGAUCGCCAUCAACCAGCUCUGGGACUGGGGCUGGACGUACAAGAGCAUCUACGUCGAGAACUGCGGCACCGGAAUCCGCAUCCAGGACAACAGCACCUCCUCCGUGACCCUCAUCGACUCCGAGUUCGUCAACGUCCAAACCGCCAUCCGCACCCCGCGCUCCGCCUCCAUCGUCCCCAUCGCCGCCGGCACCCUGAUGAUGGAGAACGUCGCCUUCUCCAACGUCGGCACCAUCCUCCAAGGACCCCAGAACAACACCAUCAUCUCCGGCACCAAGGGCUCCGUCGUCAGCCAGGGCUUCGCCAUGGGCCAUAUCUACACGCCCUCCGGGCCCACGGACUACACCGGCAGCGACUCGGGCUACUUCCCCGUCUACAACGCCCUCGUCGCCACCACCGCCAACGGCACAAAGUACUACGAGCGCUCCAAGCCGCACUACGAGACCCUCUCCGCGGACUGCUUCGUCUCCGCGCGCACCUUCGGCGCCAAGGGCGACGGCGUCACCGACGACACCGUCGCGCUGAACAACCUCUUCAACUACGUCGCCUCCAAGAGCUCGCUCGUCGCCUUCGUCGACGCGGGAACCUACUACGUCUCCGACACCGUCUUCAUCCCCGCCGGCGCGCGCAUCGUCGGCGAGGCGCUCGCGUCCAUCAUCAUGGGCGGCGGGCCCAAGUUCCAGGACAUCUCGAGCCCGCACCCCGUCGUCAAGGUCGCGCUGCCGGGCGACUGCGGGACGAUCGAGUGGUCCGAUAUGAUCGUGUCCACGCGCGGGGCCGCGCCUGGCGCCAAGGUCGUCGAGUACAACCUCAACACGCUCGGCGAGCCGGCGGGCAUGUGGGAUGUGCACAUCCGCGUGGGCGGGUACGCUGGUACGCAGCAGCAGCUGAAGGAGUGCCCGACCACGCCGAACGCGACUGUGACGGCGGACACGCUCGACAAGAACUGCAUCGCGGCGUGGAUGAGCAUGCACAUCACCAAGCCGGCGUCGAACCUCUUCAUGGAGAACUGCUGGCUGUGGGUCGCGGACCACGAUCUGGAGGACCCGACGUACACUCAGGUGACGAUUUACGCGGGCAGAGGUUUGCUGAUUGAGGCGACCGCGGGCAAAAUCUGGCUCUCUGCUUCUGGCGUCGAGCAUCACACGCUGUACCAGUACCAGCUGUACCAGACGAGGGAUAUCUACAUGGGCAUGAUCCAGACCGAGACGCCAUACUACCAACCCAACCCGGUCGCCUCCAUCCCCUUCCCCCGCGUCAAGGGCUACCACGACCCGGACUUCGUGGCCGACUGCAAGGGCAAGAACACCAGCGAGGCCCCCUGCGAGAUGGCCUGGGGUCUGCGCGUUAUCGGCAGCCGCAACAUCGCCAUCUUCGGCGCGGGGCUAUACUCCUUCUUCAACAACUACAGCACGGCGUGCUGCCAGGUCGGCGCCGGCGCGCGGUGCCAGCAGCGCAUCUACGAUAUCCGCGACUCGCCGAACAACUGCACCAAGACGGAGCACCUGGAGACGUACAACCUCAACAUUGUCGGGACGAAGGCGAUGGUCACGCGGCACGGCAAGGACGUCGCGCUGUACAAGGACAACAUUGCGGGAUUCACGGCGGGCAUUGCGCUUUACCAGCAUGCUUGA